AUGGAGGAUUCACUAGAAGAUCGGAUAGCUGCAAUCGAAAGAGCCCUGGGCAUCGACGAGUGUACGGAUAUAGGCAAAAGAGGAUAUUUCCAGGUAAAAGCAAAAGAUCUUGAUGUAGCGGCAUUACAAGCAAAGUUGACAAAGCUAGGUUUGGAUCGAGUAAUGAAGAUUCCUCUGGCAAAAUUAAAAAAGCUGAAAAAUCUCACGAAUAAGCCAAAUACACAAUCCCUAUCUGACAGAUUAUCGACUAUCGAAUUCUGUGAAGGUCUCAUUCGGCAACGAGCCGAGUUUCUCAAAGAGUUCGAUGAACGACUAGAGGUUGUCCUUAAAACCGACAAGAUCGGUUUAGUUCCUCAGCAAGAGAAAGAGCUGGACGCCAUUCAAGAAGACAUUGAGAAGGGAUUGGAGGAAUGGAAGAAGUUUACAAUGGAACUGGACACUUUCAAAACAGAGUACUUUACUGUUAUUGGAGCUCUAAGUGAACGCCUUAAUGAACUCGAGAGAGUGAUCACGCUAGCGGAAACGGAAUCCGAGGCUUAA